AUGGCGCUGUCACAGACUCCGGCGGAACUAUCGCACCAUCUUGCCACGAUCCGACCGCUGGCCGAUUCGCUUUACGAUUCUACUCGCGAGUCGACUGCCUUGAUCAAUCUGGCACACAAUGAGCUCGGCCUACUUCUAAGAGUGUUGGCUGCGGCCGAGGCCCGCUCGUCGCUGCUCUGCGCGGACCGCUCCAUCUUUGCCCUCGACGAAAAGCUGGAGGGUUGUCAUGCCAUUCUGCUGGAUCUGCAAAUGCUUCAGAGAAAACCGGGUGGUGUGGGGUCGUCAACACAAAUCGCAGAGAUCCGAGCUCGUAUUUCGUCUUUUGUAUUUGAACUCAAUGUGAUGAAUGCCGAUAUGACGAUAUAUUCACAAAACAAAGUCAAUCGACUGGUCCGCGACUUCAUUGAGGAUGUGCGCGAGGGCAAACGAGGGCGCUCUGUUAUCACCGAUGCCCUGAAUGACGAGGCAUCCGCCUCCGAGAAAGAAGAAGCUUGGGAAAAUCUUCAGCGAGAGCUCCACGAUGUGGGUCUGGUCCCUGGCUUGUCAGGCCAGGACCACGAAUUUAUCGUUUCGACUCUUCGAAAGGCGGUUGAAGAUGAUCACCUCCUGGAAAAUAUAAAGCCGACACCUGAAAUUCCGGCAGGCCCGACGAUUAUCGUCUCCUCGCCAUCACAGCUAGAUCAGCAUGAAUGCCCCCCGUCGUUACCCCCGCGACCUCGAGAUUCAGGACUGUCAGACCUUUCGGAAAAACAGGUUGUCGUCACAGAGGACUUUCCAAUACCGGCCGCCACAGAACUUCAAGGAGUGUCGGAUACCGAAAAGCAAGCGCUUCCCAUAGACAACUAUCCGAUUCCUGUGGUGACCGAGGCUUUCUUCAACGCGGUAGGUGACUCCGACAAGCAGGCCCUAUCGCAAGAUAACUAUUCGAUUCCUGUGACUACAAAGGAGCAUCUCUCGACAGCCAAUGGCUUCGAUAAACAAGUCAUUUCUCGAGACAGCCUUUCCAUGCCCCUGGAUACUGAGUAUGUCGCACGAGGCCGCUCAGAGGGAAGCAACACUUCUGCACCGCCGCCUCUGGCAAAGGGGAAGAAGCCUAGCCUGAUGAACAAGGUGAAGUACAGGCUCACGAAUAGCAAGGAAAGCUUCAUCUCUUCAAUCCAGAUGGGUGGAGCCUACUCUGUUAAACUGGCUCUCGAUAAAGGUGCGGAUGUGAACACCAUGAAUCACCAUAACCAAACGGCUCUGAUGGUAGCUUGCUCCUUCGGACAUGAAGAUGUUGUGAAGUUGCUAUUGGACUACGGCGCCGACACUGCAAAGGUCUCUAUGAAAAGGGAGACCGCCUUGGGCGUGGCGGCUGCCCGUGGGAUGGAAAGUAUUGUCCGGGUACUCCUGGCACAUGGCGCGAAUAUGAAUUCUGGAAUGAAUGCAAAGCCUGCCCUCAUAGAAGCGGCAUCAUCUGGAUACGAAAAUAUCGUGCGGUUGAUGUUGGAUCGCGGGGCGAAUCCCAAUGCGAUGGGGACAGGCGGUUUAAGUGCGUUGACCGAGGCCGCAAUGAACGGCCAUGUCAACAUAUGUCGCCUCUUGCUAGAUAAUGGGGCUAGGACUGAACAGCCGAACAGCUCGCUGACCGGCAGAACUGCACUUUGGAAGGCGGUUUAUCAAGGCCGGACUGCGGUUGUCGAGUUACUGAUGGAACGGGGAGCAGACCCCCUUUGGAAGGACACUGCCGGCAAGACAGUAUUGUCACUUGCAUCGGCCUACCGCCGGUCUGAGAUCCUCAAAAUAUUCCAUCAGUAUGGGUAUGAGAGCACCCCAUUCCAGUACUAUUGA